AUGUCCCAGCCCCUCGACGCGGGGAUGCACCAAUCGGAGGCCUACGCGCUCAAGUCGUCGCCGGAUGACGGCUACGGGGGGUACGGAUUCAAGAACGGGCAGGACAUGAUGCUGCCGGCCGAAUUGGCGGGCGUGGCUAUGGACCAGCCGGUUGAGCUGGUGCCGAUCCAGGUGGUGCCCUCCCAGGGGGGGAUGAUGACGAGCGAGGCCUUCUCGCCCAACGGGUACAUGGACGGGUCGGGGUACGCCAUGGCCAACAGCCAAUCCAAGCCGAUGCAGCAGGGGGGGCAAUUCUCGGGGCAGCGGUUCGUGUCCAAGGGGUCGUCGGACACGUCGCUGAGGGGAGUUGGCCACACGCCCACGCGGGUGGACGCCAACGGCCGGCCCACCAAGAUGCUGGUGCACCGCGCCAGGAGCGCCGGCGGUGCGCAGGCGGGGUUGGGGCUGUACCGAUCGGUGGCCAGGGUGUCCAGGACGAUGUCCGACUCGGACAUCGUGCUGGAGAGCCCGCUGGGCGGGCAGAUGGGCUCCGGGCAGAUGGGGCACUCCGUGUUCCACGGGAUGGGGGGCGUCGUGCAUGCCGGCGGGCGGAUGGGCAACCACUGCAUGACGGAGAACGGGGACAGGGCGGCGGUGGGCGGCAAGGAGGGGACCAAGACGCGGUGGAAGCCCAACCCCGUGCAGCUGUGCCUGCUGGAGCAGCACUUCAACUCAGGGUACACAAAAGCUACUCCAGAACUGCAUGCUGCUGUUCAAGGAGCAGGCCAUGCUACUGAGAAUCAGGUCACAGUGUGGCUCAAGAACAGACUGUCCAGGUGCAAGCGCCCACCUCCCAAGGCCAAGCAGAGCGAUGCCCUGAAGGUUGAGGAGGAAGAGAGUGACAAUGAGGUCCCUUGGGAGGAUUUCUCGAAGGUGUCGGCGACUGUUCUUGAAGAGCUGUCGUCCAUCCUAUCCACAGUUGACAAGCAGGAUAUUGUCACUCUGGCCAAGUCCAUCCGCAGCGCCAACAGAAUAGGAUGCUGUGGUGUUGGACGGGAGGGAUUGGUGAUGAGGGCACUUGCUGCCAGCCUGCAUCAUUUGGGCUUCGAGGUGUACUGCACUGGGGACACGAAUAUGCCACCCUUCGGCGCUAAUGACCUAAUGCUUGUCAGCGCAGGGCCUAGUUAUUACAGCUCG